AUGGAUCCGGCACCUGAGAAGCACGACGUCGUAGUUUCCGAGAAGAACGAGGUUGUCGAACAAGUUACAACGAAAGUCGAUGAGGUCGUCAACCUUGUGCAUGAUGAAAGUCAGCAGCGAUACUCCCCAUGGACUUGGUCCAUGUGGAGGCUUUAUGGCUGCCUCUGGAUAGCUUAUCUUUGUGGCUGCUUGAAUGGCUUUGAUGGCAGCCUUAUGGGAGGUGUCAAUGCAAUGGAAAGCUACCAGAAGUAUUUCGAACUUGGACAAGCAAGCUCCGGUACAGGACUCGUCUUCGCCAUGUAUAACAUCGGCAGCAUACCCGCAGUCUUUUGUACAGGUCCGGUAAACGACUUGUUUGGCAGACGGUGGGGUAUGUUCACUGGAGCGCUUGUCAUCAUUGUCGGAACGUGCGUACAGGCGACAUCGCACAAUAUGGGUCAAUUUCUGGCUGGCCGCUUUAUCCUCGGAUUCGGAGUGUCAUUCUGCUGCGUCUCGGCCCCAUGCUAUGUGUCUGAGUUAGCGCAUCCACACUGGCGAGGCACACUUACCGGAUUCUACAAUUGUACGUGGUACAUCGGUUCCAUCGUCGCCGGAUGGGUCAUCGUUGGCUGCGAGUACAUGUCAUCGACAUACGCCUUUCGCGUUCCAAUUUGGUGCCAACUGAUCAGCUCAGUCUUCGUGGCCGUUGGUGUAUGGUUCAUUCCAGAAAGCCCUCGCUGGUUGAUGGCGAACGACCGAUAUGAAGAGGCUAUGAAUAUAUUGGCCAGAUAUCAUGGCGAAGGCAGCACUUCGCACCCAGUCGUAGAGAUGCAGCUCAAAGAGAUGGCACACCAGAUCAGUACUGAUGCGUCCGACAAGAAGUGGUGGGACUACCGGGAGCUUUUUAACACGCACUCCGCUAGACGGCGUCUAAUUUGUGUAAUCGGUAUGGCGAUGUUUGGUCAGCUCAGUGGGAACUCAGCAACUGGUUAUUAUCUACCAGUAAUGGCCAAGAAUGCUGGAAUCGACGACGCCCACACGCAGCUCAUCCUCAACGCCAUUUACCCAAUCAUCUGCUUCUUUGCGGCAACAGCAGGCGCUCGGUGCUGCGACGUUGUCGGCAGAAGGCCCCUGCUGCUGUACAGCAUAGUCUUCUGCUCGGCUUCGUUCCUUGUCAUUUUCGGGACGAGCAAACUAGUCAACGAUGAUCCGAGCAACACAAGCGCUGCAAACGCCUCAAUAGCGUUCAUCUACGUCUUUGGGAUAGUAUUCAGCUUCGGUUGGACACCAUUACAAUCGAUGUACAUCGCAGAGACGCUCCCAACAGCAACAAGAGCAAAGGGCACAGCGCUGGGCAACCUUGCCUCAAACGCCGCUGGUGCCAUCUCGAACUACGGCAUUGGUCCUGGCCUGAAUGCCAUUGGAUACUACUUCUACUUGGUUUUCGUGGGGUGGGACUUGAUCGAGUGGGCAGUCAUGUAUCUCUACUUUCCGGAAACCAAAGAUCGAACCCUUGAGGAGCUUAGUGAGGUAUUUGAGGCGAAGAAUCCGGUCAAGAAGUCGUUGGAGAAGCGAGGCACGAACACAGUACUCAGCACCAUGGGCUUGCAGGCAGAGCCCGUGCCCGGAACAGCAUGA